GGCAAGUAAAGAUGACGUGUGAAGUGUCUCUCUUUUUGAAGUGCAGUCACGUGUUGACUAUGAAGGUGAAAAGCUCGGGGUAAGAGUUUGCCCACAGGACGCAGCACGGAUUCCGUGCUGGUGGCUGUUAGUCGGUCUUUUUGGGACAGAGUACCGGGUUGUGCCGCGCUCGGCUCGUCCCAUCUUGGAUCGGUACGCUAUUUCUACUGUGCCCCACUCCGCCGCUGCCGCGACGGGGAGGGACAUCGACGUGUAGAGGCGAGGAGAAGUUGAUAAAGGAUGACAUGAAUGGGCGACACAGCUAGCGAUGGAGGCCGUUAGGGUGGUGUGAUCUAUUUCCGCCAUGGAGCAAGAGGCGCGCCAGGGCCGGCGGAGGAGCCACGUGCUGCUUCCCACCCUGGGCCCACGGGGGCGACACUAUGCGUGCGGGUCGUGCGCCUCCUUUACCAACAUCCUGGUGACGUUCCCCAUCCAGAAAGUGCUGUUCCGGCAGCAGCUGCAUGGCGUGCGUGCGACCGAUGCCCUGCGGCAGCUGCGUCAGGAAGGUCUGCGAAACCUGUACCGGGGGCUGCUGCCGCCGCUGCUGCAGAAGAGCACCACGCUCGCGCUCAUGUUCGGCCUGUACGAGGACCUCUCCCGCUUGCUGUCGCGGCACGCCGGGGGGCCCGAAUUGCUGACGUGCGGCACGGCGGCCGUGUUGGCCGGGGCGGCCGAGGCCGUUUUCACCCCCUUCGAGAGAGUGCAGACCCUCUUGCAGGACCACCGGCACCACGGUCGAUUCAACAACACGUUCCACACCUUCCGGACGCUGGUGCGGGACUACGGUGCGAGGGAGUGCUACCGCGGCCUGGUGCCCAUCUUGCUGCGCAAUGGCCCGAGCAACGCCCUCUUCUUUGGGCUCCGCGGUCCCAUCAAGCGGCAGCUGCCCGACGCCCGGACUCGCGCUGUCCACCUGGUCAACGACUUCAUCUGCGGUGGGCUGCUGGGCGCCAUGCUGGGGAUCCUCUUCUACCCCUGCAACGUGCUGAAGACGCGCUUGCAGUCGCAGGUGGGCGGUGACUUCCUGUCCUCGCGCCAGGCGCUGCUUACCAUCUGGAGGGAACGGGGGGGCAAGGUGACGCACCUCUUCCGAGGGGCACACCUCAACUAUCACCGCUCCAUACUCUCGUGGGGCAUUAUCAACGCUACCUACGAGCUCCUGCUCAAGCUCAUGUGAACGGCGGAUGGGGCGGGGCUGGGCAGGGAGGGAAGCGCGUUUCGCCGGUGAGUUGGUACGAGAGCGAGGGAACGUGUUUGGCUGGGUCUUCGCAUAACCCAACAGGCGACUACCACUGAACACCAGGACUACAGGCAGUUCGAUCUUGAACCCAAGCUCAUGACUGCUCACAUUCUUACCAGUUGGUUUACUAGCUUCUUCUGGUAUAGUGGCAGUUAAAUGGGUUGAGCAGGGUUUUUUUUUUUUUCUCUUCCUCCUUUCCAUUUUCUGAAUUACUUGAAGGAAUGUCAGGAGCUGCACGAAACUGAAUGUCUCACUGCAGAUCUGUGCGUGUGUGUUCUGCCUUUUUUUUUUUUAUUUUUUUAAUUCACCCACCCACUGCAGUGCUCUAUCCAAUCACUUCCCAAGCUGUAAAUCUCUGUCCUUUGCUGCUGUGAGUGUCUGAAGAUCUGUGUUGGCUCUUGAUGGCACUACUUAUCAGCGCAUGCCAGUAAAGAUAUAU